CUCUACAGACAGUGAGACAUCAGUCGCAUACUUAUCGCACGUCUGGAAAGAGUGUCUACUUUUAGUUAGUGCUUGAUUCAUCACCAAAUUUUCGUUCGCUUUUGAUGUGUGCCAUUAUCAGUAUCUGUUUUUAAGAGAUUUUUUUAGCGAAAAUAGUUGUUGUUUUAGUGUUAUAUUGCUUUUAAGCUGUGAUUUGUUUGAUAAAUUAAUUUUUAUCGAGAUUUUAGUUGUUAAAGCAUAACUAAAAAGUAGACUGAACUCACAACGCCGAGCAGAGAAAUACGUCACUAUCAUGUUCAAACCACGGGUACUUGUACUUGGAGGAUGUGGUUUCAUAGGACGCCAUCUGGUCGAUUACCUAGUAACGAACGAUCUUGCCGAAACCAUAAGAGUUGUAGAUAAGACCCCUCCUCAAAUGGCAUGGCUAAACCAGCGGCAUACGGCAGCUUUCGCUAGCCCAAAGGUAGAGUUCUGUAGUGCCAAUCUGAUCAAUCCUGCCUCCUGCCAGAAUGCUUUCAAAACGGGCGAUGGUCCCGGAUGGGACUACGUAAUCAACUGUGCCGCCGAAACGAAGCCCGGUCAAACGGAUCCGGUCUACCAGGAGGGCAUCGUGAAGCUGACCCUGAACUGUGCCAACGAGGCUGUGAAGCAUCGUGCUAAGCGAUUUGUCGAACUUAGCACCGGAGCUAUGAGCUCGAGUGAAAAGGUUCCCCAGGCGGAGGAUUGUCCGAUGAAACCAUGGACCAUGGUUGGGAAAUAUAAAGCUCAAACCGAGCAAGAGUUGGCCAACGUGGAAGGGCUGAAUUAUUUGAUCCUACGUCUGCCAAUAUGUUACGGAAUUGGAGAUAGGAAGGGAUUGACACCUCGUCUGAUCAUAUCCGGGAUAUAUAAAUAUAUCGGUGAAACAAUGAAACUUCUGUGGACAGGUUCAAUGAAGAUGAACGUAGUCCACGUGGAAGACGUUUGUUGUGCCUUGUGGGAGCUGAUGCAAAACGAGAAAACCAUCGGCGAAACGAUCAACGUGUGUGAUGAUAGUGAAGCUACCCAGGAAUCGAUCAGUGAUAUAUUAGCAGAUUUAUUUGGAAUAAAAACUGACUACUGGGGAGUAGUCAUGUCCAGUAUGACUAAAGCAGAUAUGGCCGGAGCAAUCGAGGAAAUCAACGACAAACACCUCGGACCGUGGGCUGAAGUGUGCCAAAAGGACGGAGUACUGAAUACUCCGCUAACGCCGUAUAUGGAUCAAGAGCUUUUACUUCAUAAGCAUUUGAAUCUUGACAAUAGUAAACUAAAAAGCUAUGGAUAUCAACUGAGACGCCCGAGGAUCACACGUGAAAGCUUGGAAGAGAUAGUUAGGGAUUUCGUUGAGAUGAACCAUUUUCCGGUAUCACUUUUGGAUGCCUAGUUGAACACAGACACCUUUUGAAAACUUAAUUGCUCAAUACGUUAACUGAUAUACGAAGAAGUAAAUGAUAUGUGAUCUCUGUUUUGCAAUUCGGGAAUCCAUGUACUGAAAUUUAUACCUAGCAUUAGAGAAAAUAGAGAUGUGAGAGUAAUAAAGUGAAAAAGAAACUAUUAGUGAUAACAAUAAUUUUCCUUAUGAAAUAAAAAUAUAUGUUGAAACGUACUUCAAAAGUGUAAAAUAUGUGCCUAAACAUUGCAUAAUCUUACGUAGUUGUGUUAUAUCGAAUGUAGAUAACGAACAUAAAAGUAAUAAAUUGUUAACCCCUUCAA